AUAAGCCACGUCUAUACUUUACAGGCAUCACAAUUUGGAUCUUGGUUUGAGUCUGUGCUUGAAGAUGUAUUUACUAUUUAAAAUUGAUACUGAGACAUAUUAGGUUUGCAAAUAAUCUACCUUAGUUAUUUUUAAAUAAGCUUUCGAAUGUAUUAGUUUCUUAAAAACUUUGAAAUCGCUUGUAUUCGAAAACAUAUUUUCAACUUUUCUCUUCGAUAUCUUUUACAAUGUGGCCAUAUCGUGAACUGUGAAUGUGGCGGAAUAUUUGACAAAAAAAAAAUAGUAUAGGAGAAGUUACGAUAGGGUGACAGAUUACUUAGAUGAAUCGGAAGUAAUCUAAGUUCGGUUUUUAUUAGUUCAUUUAAAAUGGAGCCCGCAGCACCAGGAACUGAAGAUGAUGCUAUUGAUUUACAUACGUUAACUAAAAAGGAAACUGAAAAUGAUCGCAUACUUAAACAGAAGGCCAUUCUCAGAAAUGGACAGUAUGAUAAUAUUUUCGAACUUUCUUAUGUCAAUGGCGCCGAACAUUGGUUCUGCAAGGUUUGUGAAUGCCCAGUUAUGGGAAGGGUGUACCAGCAUGAGCUGGGCAGAAGACACUCCAUCAAUAUGCAUGUGACAAACAGACAUCUUGAAAAAGAAAAGGACGCGGAACCGUCAGAUGAAGGAAAAGUAAUUAUUGAGGUAGCCCCCGGGGAACCAGUGCCUCCUGGGAUGGAAGGAGAAGUUACUCGACAGGCUCAAAUUCAAGAAAAACUAGAUGGAUUUAAAGUUGGGCCUUUAGUGGCUUUGGAGUACUUAAUAGAAAUGCACGACUACGAUCCGUCAAAGGAACCUUUUUAUCUAUGCAUUCUGUGCGAUAAGAGAGGCGAUCCCAGGACCGUAUUGACACAUUUGGCCAGCUACAACCAUAUUUCACAGUAUCUGCAAAAACAUUUUCCAACUUGUUUUCGUGCUCUGGCUCCGUAUAUGACGAAGCAGUACAAACGCAACUGGCAAUUGAUUCUGCAGAAAAUCGCCGAAGCCAUCGAAAAGAAGUACGGCCGAUUGAAACCGUUUGCCAUCGACCAAGAUAAGUUUGAAAAGGACCGCAUACACUAUCUGACUAUAAUAUCCAGGGGGAAACACUUCUCUGAACAGAUGGGAUAUAAUUUUAUAGAAUUGGUGGUUCACGACGAGUUGACCAAGAAUCAUGACGAAGAUGGAAAACCAACUAAACCUGCUACAAGCUGGGACGGCAAAACCUUCAUCGAGAAACCGUUCCAAAAGCGUAGCCCCUCCCCUCCGGCCGUAGCCCCGCCUACGAAAAAGACGCGCCCGCUGGCAGCAGCUGUUAAGAAACCGCCGGAGGUGAAAAAAACACCCGUCGAGGUGCCCAAGAGACCAGGAGGGCCUGGUGCUAACGUUCGACCCCCGGUGCGACCCUUUAGGGGGGAGACACGCCGGUCCAGUUUGAGCAGCAUGUCGAGCAUCUCUAGCGACGACGAGGAUAGUAAUAAGGGGCGAAAGUUUUCGAGGAAUAAGUCGCCACCGCCUAGAACGGGUAAUUAUAGACGUCGCUCUCCGUCGCCUGGAAGAAGACCAUGGGAAAGAGACGUAAGAAAACCGACUAAGGACGUCGAACAGCAGAAAAUGAGAAUUCGCGAGCGGGAACGCCAGUUGAAAUUAGAAGAAUACAAAAAGUUGUGCAUGGCCAUCGACAACGAUAUGGAAAAGACACUGAAAAAACACGAAAAGAAUCCUGAAAAACAUCCAAAGUAUAACGACGAAUGGAAGUUAUUCUGGAAUAGAAGAUAUAAAGAGCUUCAAAGUGAAGGUAGGGACGCCAGUAAAUACGAUUUUAAGCCGGAAUGGAUCGAGUUUUGGGGAAAGAAAAUGUUGGAACUUCAUCAGGAAGAGGCGAAGAAUAGGAAAGAUGCUUUGAGAAAACGUCUAGGACUGCCUGAAGAAUUACAGCCCAUCAGUUUCCGCAUUGGUGCAUCUGGAACCGUUCCCACUAAACCAGCAAAUAAACCAGUCCAGGCCCCUCCAAAAGAAAAUUUACCUAGGCCUAAUUUACCUAUGGCCGCUAGACCGGACAAUGAUCCGGAGGUUAUCCUCAUUGAUGAUAAGGAUGAACCAACUCCACCGCGAGAUAAGAGAGAUAACAGAUCGCACAGUCCAUGGGAAAGGGAGUCUCCGCCAAAAGGUUACGUCAAAAACAGAAGAAACGUCCCAUCUCCGCAACCGAGAAGAGGUUUUAAAGAUCCUCCCAAAGACGCCCGCCCGAAACCUUCCAGAGAAAUAUCCAUAGAAAAGCCGAAACCUUUCGUUAAAGAACCGAUUGACAGAUUGAGAAGGUCGAAGUCCAGAGAAUUCGGGAGGCUGAGUCCCAAGGGAUUCGGGAGGCUGAGUCCCAAGGGAUUCGGGAGGCCCAGUCUCAAGGAAUUGAGGAGAUCGAAAUCGAGAGAGCUAAGGAGGAGUAGAUCCAGAUCCAGGGAAUUCAGGAGGUCUAGAUCCAGGGAGAUAAUACCAAGGGAGAAGUUGAAGUCGCCUGCGAGAAGUCUGUCUAGGAACAGGAGAUCAAGAUCUUCCGACUCCAUGGGCAGAAGACCGUUUUCAAGGGAAAGAGAGAUCAGAGACAGAGAAAGAGAUAUUAGAGACAGAGAGAGGGAUAUUAGAGAUAGAGACCGCGAAAUCAGAGAAAGGGAGCGCGAAAUUGAAAAACGAGAUUAUAGAGAUAAUAGAGGUAGGCGCUACUCCAGAGAGAGGAGCUGGGAGAAGGACAGAUACCGAGAGAGCUCUUACGAAAGAGACUUGAAAGGCAGAGAAAGGAUUAGGACGGUGUUGGAUUUGCCAUGGGAAAAAGAAAAGAUCAUGUAUGGUAGAGGUGGUGGAGAUUUUGAUGAUUAUUAUGGAGGUCCUCCAAAGAUGCGUCCUAAGCCAAUGAUUGUACCUCCUAUAGUGGAUGAUGAGGAAGAUAAUAGCGAGGUCAACAUCGUUUCCGUGCUUCGUCUUCUGACAGCCCUGGAAGAAAGACUAGGCUCUUUAGGUCCGAAAAUAAUCGACCUCCUUGCCCAAGCCUUGGCCAUGGAAAAACAAGCGCCCAAUAGCAGCGAAUCUCUUCUCGACAAUGAAAUCAAUUGCGUCAUGUUUGAAACGGUGAAGGAAAAGCUGAAGGGCCAGCUGAUAGCUGGUUUGGUCGACCCCAUACAAGAAAGGGCUUUUAAGAAGGGCAUACAGAAAACGGCCAGUCUGAUUCAUAUCGCUGGUGAACGUAAGAGGAAUAAAGCUCCACUAACAGGACAGAGCGCGGUAGCUGUGCCAGGAGUAGGAGCAGUAGAUAAAGCAGCAAUUGCUAAGCAAAUAGCGAACGCCUUGAUUGCUCAAGGCAAGACCGACGUUACUCAAGAUCAAUUAGAACAACUAAUAAAUGCAGUGGUUGGAAUGGCAGAGGCAUCUAAAGCCUCGAACAAGACAAUAACCACUGCCAGUUUCUUGGCGCAAAUGGCAGGUGGCGCUCCAGAAACGCCCAAAGAAAAAGUCAUCAUUCCCAGAGUGCAUUCCUCGGCGGAGAAAAAGGACAAGAAUUCCGGAAUAGUGGAUUUGGACAAAUUGACUGAACCUUUGUCUCCCGCCACCCCCGAAAAGCUGUCCAACAACAUGGAAAACUUAUCGGAUUCGGAUCUUCAGACGUUGUUGCAGAACUUCAAAGAUCUCUCCACCGACGAGCAAAUGAAUUUGAUCAAUUACCUGAAGAAAUUGGAAUUGGACGAACCAGAACGCGUAGAAAGAUUGAGGAAGUUUGUGAAUUUGGGUUCGGAUAAAUCGAAAGAGAUAACUGAAUCGGAAAAAGACGAUCCACUUUCUCGGAAAAAUGGUAGAGAAAGUCCGUUCUCGAAUCGCCUGGAAGGAUUAAAUCCCGAUGGAGAGGAUCAAGCAAAUAAGAGCGACCUCAAAACAAUUCAUUUAGAUUCUGAAGAUGAAGAUUAUAGUUAUGAAGAUGUUGUUAAGGCCGCUUCCAAAAACGUCAAACAACAAGAAGCGGAAGGCACGCGUAAAAUCCUAGAGACCUCUAUCGGUUUGAACGCGAGCAAAGAGCCGAACUUGACCGACGCCAAAGCACUGAUCUCGAACCUGAUGAGCUCGUUCAGCGGCAACGUAUCGAGCAGCGGUGUCAACUUGCUCGGUCUGACCACGACCACGACCAUGUCUAGCGCCGCCAGCCUGACCACGCCCACUUCGUCCGCGGAUUUCGUGAGGAAUUUGGGAGAUAUUAACAUAGAUAGUUUGGCCAAGAUAGUGAGCAGCGUGCAGCAGAAUAGCGCCAAGGCCGAAAAACCGAAAGAGGUUAAGGCGGACACGCCGCCUGAGAUGAUUGAGUUGACUGAAGAUGAAAGACCUGAUCAAGACUUAGAUUCUCGAAAUUUACCCGACUCGAAAGGACCACCCAACUUCGGAAGGAACCCUCCAUCACAAGGCCCGUUCCCCAACCAACCUCGGCCGCUUCUUGGCCAACCUCCCAGGGGACCCCCCAUGCAAGGGUUCAAUCCGAACAGAGGAGGUCCUCCGUUCUCGCAGCAGCGCCAUCCUAGGCCAAUGGGUCCCGGAGGCCCCAAUCAAGGAGGCUACGGAAAUCCUAACCAAAGGUUCGGGAAUCCCCCCCGAGGCGUACCUCCCCCGGGUAUGUAUCAUGGCCAGCGGCCUCAAGGCGGCGGCAAUCACAAUCAAGGCGGCGGAGGCGGCCCGAGACAAGGCAGGCCGUUGCUGAAUUUGACGUUCGGCGCUCCCAGGUUUAGGGGGCCCAAUCCGCCACCGAUGGGCGGGGCGGGACCGAAUUAUAAUAGGUGGUAGUUUAGGACGUAGUAUUGUAAGGCAUGCUUCAUUUAUCAUCUCCGUAACUAUUUUUAUUUGUAAAUAAUAA